UUUAUUUUAGCAGAAAAUUAAAUUUUCCACAAACUCAUCCUCCUAAUUCCGUGACAAGUGAUUUGGGAAAAGCUGUGAAAAAGUUUAGGCAAAUGUCCUGUUGCGGAAAAUGAAUUAGGGCACGAGGGAAAAAAUAACAAGGGCAGGAACUGGAAAGGUGGUAAAUAGUUUUGUUGUCACAGUGCUGCAAAUCUGCGGCCGAAGGAAUUUUUCUCUCCCAUCAGGAAAAAAAAAGAAAAAUAAAGUGAAAAGUGGCUUUGUGUUCGGUCCCCGUUCCGGUGGGUAUUCGUCAUCAGUCGUCUUAUCUGCAGUUUGUCUAGCGUAAAUAUUUGGAAGUUUGACUCAGCUUAGAAUUUGCACCGCCGGGGUGACAUUGGGACUAAUUAGUGAGAGAGGAAGGACGAUGGCCUCGACGAUGCAGCUGGAAUUUGCCCAGGCCAUGGCAGAUUUCAAGAAUAUGUUUCCGGAUAUGGACCGGGACGUGAUAGAGGCAGUGCUGCGGGCCAACCAGGGCGCAGUGGAUGCCACCAUCGACCAGCUGCUAGCAAUGAGCACCGAUAAUCAGAACGAGAAGCUCCGUCAGGAGUUGGAUGGUGAUACAGGUAGGACGCCUCCAUCGGGAGGAAAUAUUCAGAGCAUCGGACCAGGUGCGCUACUGGAUUUAACUAGCAAUAUGGCUCCCGUAUUAUUGAGUACUUCCCCGAAAUCAACAGCCCUGGGGGCCUCGCCGAAAAUCAAGAAAUCUCCAGGUAGCUCCAGUGCUACCAACAGUCCACGUGCAGUCGUAGUAGGAGUCCGUGAAGCGGACAGCAAGCCGGUUGCUAACCGAAAGUGGAAUCCACCGUUGUUGGGACCACUGCCACCUACCUUUCUACGACUGUCCGGUUGUGGAGAAGGUUCUAGGAACACCGAGUUCGAUCUCGGAGACGAGCAAUUCGCAAUGAUGCUUCAGAACGAAGAGUUCAUGGCCGAGCUGAGAUGGAACCAGGAGUUCCUAUCGGCGCUGGAGAAGGACCACCAAGGUAAGGUUUCGGAUGAUGCCGCCUUUAAGGAGCGGCUACGCCACAUGGGUAAGGUAUCGAGGAAAAAAUUUGCCCAACUGGCGAGGGUGUUCACUUGGCAGCGGGGUGGAACCAAGAAGGCCAGUGCCGUUAGACACCCGGACUCGUUGCUGCUGCAGGAAGAGCACAGCGACGAUGACGAGCCGAAGAAGGCCGCCAAAAAGUAAAAAAAGAAAAACGCUAUGUCGUAGCCAUUGAAUCACUAAAAUCUAUCGAAUAGAAUCUCCUUUGCAGCAGGGAAUGCGCGCGCGGGGUUAACGGGGAAAUUAUACAUUAUAUAAAUAGGUAACUACAAACUACUAUCCAGGAGUGAGCGCAUGAAGGUGCAAAAUUGAUUCCAGAAUUUUACCUUUUCUUUCGAUUAGGAGUGUUUAGGGUGGAUAAGACUGUUAUAUUUUUCUGUGAAAAGUGGGAAAAUUUUACUAUUGUCGGAAAAUACCGCGUGGACUGAGCGAGCAGGGUUUGAUGAAUGUGGUAGAGUCAUAUCAGGCGAGAGGAGCAGCUUUUGAUUGGCCCAUUGUUUUAUAAUCGAAACCCCAUCGCACGUGUGCAAUCGUCGCUUCUUGAGUAUAGUUUAUUUAUUUGUAAAUAGGCAGAGAUUGUUUAUUUUAUUUUUCGUCUUUGGUUAAGCUAGUACGUAGGAAAGGAUGCAUUUAGGAUCCGGAUUUUGUAAUUUUUUUUUGUUGCAAUAUUAGGUUUUGAUUUUAGUCGAUUCUUGUCCGGAGAUCGACGGAAGUUUCGGUUGUAUAAUUUCUUUUACUGAUUGGUGAGCAGUUACUUCAAACACCAUACGACCAUUUUUAGCGUAUGUACAAUUCAAAUUAUCGUAUAAUUAGGGAGCGCAUGAAAAAGUGAUGUAGCGAUCUGAAGGUUACGAUGUUAGCCAUCCAACUGUGCCGGCGGUCGUGUAAUGGAGGCAGCACCCGAAUGGGAUUACUUUGAAUAACCAAUUUCAAGUACUAGUCACUAAGACUCGAUCAGGAAGAGGAAGGGAGGCAUCACUAAACAUACAAAAACACAGUUAAUCUAAUUAUAUAUUACGAGGGGGGAAAAUGAGCCUAAAGAAACAUGCAAAAAAGGACAACUGCAGCUAAACAGCCAUAUGUGUAGUUAAACUGAAGAAAGCAAAAUACAGCGACAGCAAGGCAUGUAGUCUAAUCUGCUACCA